GCGAGCGAGAGGGGGGAGAGCGACAAGGGGAGAGUACAGCAAGCGGUCCGUUCUUUUUGUACAAUAUGUCUCUCUUUUAUAUAUUGAAAACGGAUCUCGCUCGGAAAGUUCUGAAAAUGAGUUGACAAGGAUGGUAUCUUUCGAAUGAAGCCGAACAAUGGUGCUGCGAUUAUCUGCCAUCAGUGGACUUUCGUGAACUGUUUCACUUUGCCGCCGGCCAGGUCACAGUGGUGGACUGUUCACUGGAUGCCGGGCAUAGCAGCCCGACCUGCGUGGAAAGAAGGAUAGGCUACCCAAACACAGCGCUGUGUAACACGCGACAACCCCGUUAUAUUUUAGGUGGACGACCAGGGUACACAGAUCGGCACGAAGGACAACAUCUACCAGUGGGGAAACUAAAGUAACAUUAUUUAAAAUAUAAUGAAAUGAGUACAAAAUCUGAGCAAAAAAAUAAUAAUCUAAAGGAAUACAACCGAGACGUACGGACCGCAUCACAAGGUAAUACAAAUAUACAGGUGAGCCCUGAUUUCAAAGCAAUUCUGAAAGCCCCGUGCCCUGUCAAGUUCGAAUUGCAGCUACCGGCACAACAGGAGAACCUCCGUCCUACACUGCCGUUAGGACGUUGCUUAGGACAUACGAGGAUUCCUGCGGCGCUGAUUAGACGGAAUAUUUUGUUAUAAUUAUUAUGAUCAUAAUUUUGUAAUUGCUGUUUAUUAUUGUUUAACUUCAUAUGCCAUGGUCUGAGAAGAGAAUUGGUGAUGAAAGGAUAGAUCAAGUUAGGAAAACAGAGGGUGAAGGAGAAUAACGAGAAGGGGAAAUAAUCCCUUCGGACGUAGACUCUGUGGUUGGUCCUCUGGUUCUGUGUGCAUGCGAUUGGCUCCACAAGCCUAUGAGUGCGCUGGCCGUUGGCACGCCAGGACCACCAUGCCCCCCCUCCCUGCCAGCUCUCCACCAGGGUUCCUCCACCAGCGCCGCACAGCCAGAGCCAGGGCCGGUCUGUCCGACCGCCCGCCCGCUCGCUGACCGCACCCCGCGAGCUGUGGCCGGCGGGGCCUGGCAUGGGCAACUCAUCUAGAAAAGAGGGCGAGGAGGAAGAGGAGGAAGAGGACGGGGGCGCGGCAGGCGAGAAGAAGAAGAAGGAGGAAGAGGAGGAGGAGGAAGAGGAGCUGCCGCUGGGUGUGGACGAGCUGCUCGACAGCGGCGACCCGGUGCUGGACCUCAGCUACCGCAAGUUCCGGCGGCUGCCCGCGCGCGUCUGCGGCCUGGAGCACCUGCAGAAGCUGUACCUCUGCGGCAACCGGCUGCGGGGCCUCCCGGACGCCCUGGCCCAGCUGCAGGGCCUGCGCAUCCUGGCCCUGGACUUCAACAAGGUGGAGGACGUCCCGCCGGCCGUGCUGCAGCUGGCCAACCUCACGCGCCUCUACCUGGGCAGCAACCGGCUGAUGGAGCUCCCGCCCGAGCUGCGCAACCUGCAGAGCCUGCGCUGCCUGUGGGUGGAGAGCAACUACUUCCAGCGCUUCCCUCGCCAGCUCUACGACCUGCCCCACCUGCGCUCCCUGCAGCUGGGGGACAACCGGCUGCGGAGCCUCCCGGCCGACCUGUGGCGCAUGGAGGCGCUGAGGGGCCUGUGGCUCUACGGGAACCGCUUCCGCGAGUUCCCCCGCGUGCUGCUGCGCAUGGAGGGCCUGGAGAUCCUGGACCUGGACCGCAACCAGAUCUCCCAGUUCCCCAGCCUGACCCACCUGCCCGCGCUGCGCCUCCUCUCCUACGACCACAACCCGGUCAAGGGCCCGCCCAAGGUGGGCGAGGAGGUGCUCCUGGUGGGCGAGGGGGCGGAGGAGGCCCUGGAGGCGCGCGCCCAGAAGAAGGAGGCACGGCGGCGGGCCGCCGAGAAGGAGGCGGAGGAGGAGGCGGCCGGGGCCACGGCGGGAGGAGGAGGAGGAGGAGGAGGAAGAGGAGGCGCUGACGGGCCCAUCAUCCAUGGCAUCCUGAAGAACAGCGGCUCCGUGCCCAGCCAGCCGCCCAACGGGGUCCCCGGGGAGAUGGCGGACGGUUUGGCCGACGACCCGGAAGCAGAAGAAGAAGAGGAGGAGGAGGAGGAGUCGCAGGAGUCGCAGGGCAAGGGGGAAGGGGUGGAGUGCGACAGAACCCUGGUGGAGUACGACGAGGUGGAGCUGGAGUACGACGAGGAGGGCGUCGGGUACGAGCGGGAGGAGCUGGUGUGCGAGGGGGAGGGGUUCGACCAGGAGGGAACGGAGCUGGUGUACGACAGGGCGGAGAUGGACUACGAGUAUGAGGAGGAAGGGGAGGAGUUUGACGACCGAGAAAGGCAGGGAAGAGGGGCAUGACGUUUAAAUUGUCCUCUGCUGGAUCUCUCGUUAAUUGCACUCUUUAAAAUUUAUGGAGGGCGGCGGGGGAGGUUUUGCAAACCUUUUUAACAUCAAACCGGCGGAAUUAUGUCAGAGCGUAACCUUCAAGGGGAAUGGUAGUUUUGCUUCCUUCCUGACCUUGGUAAAAGCUUCCCCGACGAACAUGGCUACAGCGAGGCGCGCCAAAUUUCAGGGAAAUGGCAACAGCCCCUUCCAGAGGGUCAAGUGGACAGUUUGAAAGACUGGAAAGUUUUAUUAAGUCAUAUGAGGGUCUUACCACUGUGUGCUGUAUGAUCUUUAAUCUUUUGUUAGGAUGAGCAUCCUGUGCACUUUUGGGAUGGGCGGAAAACCUUGAAAGAGCCCAGCGGAGCGCUGGUCUCCCUCAGAGGUGAGGAAGGCGAUGGAAAACGGGACGAGGUGUAACACGAACCCUAGCGACGUCGACCGCGUUGUUGCGUGACAGGGAUACGACCGCGAUGUCAGUCCGCGGCGCGGUUCAGCCGUGACGCGAUACGGCCUGUUGAUGUGAUAUGUGUACAGGUAACCGGAUCUCCUCUCAUUAAAUAAUUACUGAGUUGA